CAGCCAUUUACAUCAGUGCUUCGUACUUGACAUGUACAACAGUAUAUGUUAAGGUUCGCGUCGCGGUUGAUUACAUGGUCUGUUCAGUCAAAUGCUCGCGAAUUGAUGCAGCCACUUGUUGCCCACCAAUCACGAUGAAGAAGCCAUUCUGGCCCCCACGACAGCUCCUCGUGUCAUUCAGCUCAGACGCGAGACAACAGAUCGCGAUAUUAUAACACCCCAAUCAUUGAGCGGACAUUUUACUGGAAACGUCUCCGGUCUUGGUUUACCUCCCCUACAGGCAUAGGAAACCUUCCCUUAAGGCCUCACCACAGCUAUGGCGACAGGGCAUUCACCGCUGGCCUUUAUAGAGGACAAACAAGCACCUGUCAUCCUAAUCGAAGUGACUAGUGAUGGUCAUGCAAAGAGGCUGCAAGUGACUGAUGAUCUAAUUGACGGAUACAUUGAAAAUGAUUUUUCGACAUAUGGAAGCAAGAUUGAACAGCCAGCGAACGUGGAGACCAUUAAGUUGUUCUGGUCCAGACGCAUAGGAGAUUACAAUGGCAAUAUGACGCCGGUACCUCUGUCAUCGCAUACGUUCAGACGCAUUGCUAUCUUUGCACGGAUACCAGAAAUCUAUGCGCGCGUGCUGGACUACAAGGCGGCAACCUACGUCUUCGCUGUUCCCCAGCUGCCCACGUUUCUGCGGCAUAGGCCUCCAAAAGCAAUGCGAAAGCAAUACCUAAGUUUCAUCUUGCAGUCAGUACCCGGAGCAAUGUCUCAUGUGUGUGUGAGCGCUUCUUUCACCUACGAUUUCUCCACUAAACAUAUGUACAUCUUUAUGCAUGGCCUUGCAAGCAACAACUACGAUCGGUUUUCAUACGCGAUUCAAGGAGGCGCCUCCAGCAUGUCAGCAUUCCUAGUGCCAAGUAUCAUCGUGCGCUUCAAUCUUGAGCAGCGAGUGAAAGCACUGAACCUUUGGCAAGAUAAAAUCUAUUGGAAUGAGAGAAGGAUAGGCAUCCGAUUCGACCACUAUGAUAACCCUGAGCUGUCAAGUAUUGACUUCAGUACGCUCUCGAAAGACCUAAACGCUGUGAACACCAAUCUCGCAUUUAUAGUCCUGCUUUGCAAAAGCACUACACGUAUGCUCGAGUUUCUUGAUCAGGUUGCAAGGAGAUACAAAAGGCAAGCAGACAAUAAUGGGGUACCCGAAGACGAAUCGACUGAAAUCGAGCAAUUGCUCCUUGAUACCAAUUCCGAGCUGCGAUCCUGGAACGUGGGGCUUGAGGAUCGAGCAGAAUACGUAUCCAAGCGAGGACAAGCCCUAGUGCAAACUGUCUAUAGUGCGAUUGCGCAGCGCGACUCAGCGACAAGUCUUCGUUUGGCGAGCACGAGUACCAGUCUGGCGCAAUCGUCUCAAAGCGUAGCAAUAUCAACAUCCCGCGACAGUGCCGUCAUGAGAAUAAUUGCUGCGAUUACCAUUUUCUUCUUACCGGCAACGUUCACUGCUGUGAGUCUAACCGUGACACACAAAGUCGACGCAUGUCAGCCUAACAAUUGCAGACUUUCUUCAGCACCACGUUUUUCAGUUUCGACGAUGACUUAGGUGGUCGCAUAUACUCUCAAUGGAUCUGGCUAUACUUCUUGGUUACGAUCGCACUGACCUUAAUUGUGGUAGUAGGUACUUGGUUCUUGUGGCGUAAGAAAGAGCGCGAAGUCAUGGCAGCUUUGAUCACACCUAAGGAGGAACAAGGAACAGAUCCCGUGGCAUUUGAUCAGCGGCCGACCGAACUUGAGUUAGAUCAGUUUGUUGAGCAAGAAAGUGGAAAUGUAGCACGGAGAGCAACUAUCGCAAGGUUACGUACAGGUUUAGAUUGGACUCAGGCGAUAACCCAACAGAAGACGGCACAUAGGCAAGGGGAACCGAGCGCAUAGCGCAAGCUGAAACAAUGAAACAGCCCGUUAGCAGUCAAGUAUCAAGAUCAUAUCGACACUUGUCGUAGGCGUAUAUCACUCAAAGCCGAAGCCCGCACAGUCCGUCCAA